UUUGAAAAGGAGAAGUUCCGUUUUUGGUGGCUGAGAAGAAGAAAAAAAAAGAAAAAAAAGAAAAGAAAGAUGGGUCGACAAAGUGAUGAGAAAGAAGGAAAUAGAGGGAGGUGGAGAAAGAAAGAGUAACAAGGGAGAGAAAGAGGAAAGACAGAAAGAAAGAGAGGAGCAGAUGGGAAAGUCGAUGACAGAGAUAAGAGGAGAAAGAAAGAAAAGAAGAAGGAAUAGGAAGAGGGAAGAAGAAUACUUUUUUUCCAGAGGGGAUCAGAAACGAGAGAGAAUGAGAGAGGAGAGUUUGUUUGAAGUUAAAAGGCAAGAACUUGGUCUUGGGUUCAGUUUCUUUUUGGCUCCCCGGUCUAACAACCAAGCCAAAGCUAAAGCAAUAGCACUAAGGAUGAAGGCACUGCAAAUGAAAAGAGGUAAAAAAACAGUGUCGAAACCAGCUGUUGAAGAGACUGAUGCACCACCUAAAUUUGCCUUCACCAAACAUGAUCAAUAGUAUGAGAUAUCAGUGUUUUUUGGGUUUCAUUUGUUGAUCAUGCCAACUGCUAUGGGUUAUUGAACUGAUGUUUACUAAGUUUAGCUCCAUUAUGGAUGUAUGUAUAGCUGCAGUAACAGAUUAAUCAAAUAUUGGUAUUUUUAUGAAUGGAUUCCAUAUUUGAUGAAUGCA